AUGGAGGCGACCGCCGCGACCGCGAGCGACGCGGACGCGGACGCGGACGCGGACGCCGCGGAGGUCGAGCGCGAGACGUCACUGUUCGAGUCGUUCACCGCGAUCCCGUCCAUGGCCGGCGCGGUCCUCGCCCCGGACGUCUCCGACGCGUCCCGAUCCUCCCUCGUCGCGCACGUCGCGACGACGCAGCGCGACCUCGCGGGGAAUCGCGCGCGGACCUCCGUCGCGUCCAUCUCCGGCGUCCCGCGCGACGCGCCGCCGUCGCGCCCGCUGACGCACCCCGCGUUCGGGAUCGAGGAGCGCGGCGUGCUGCUGUCGUCCAUCUCGCCUUCCGGGACGAAGCGACUCGUCGUCCGCGGAGGCAAAGAUCUCACAAACGGCGGGAGCGACCGCGACGGAUGCGUCGCGCUCGAGCUGUGGUCCCACGGCGCUCUGACGCGCGAGACGCUCGUCCCGGCGAAGACGCACGGCGCGGUGUGCGCGGACGGCACGUUCGGGGGGGUUUCGUGGAGCGCGCGGGAGGGAAGGAUCGCGUACGUCGCGGAGGCGCCGGUCGGGGAGGACGGACCGACCCCGGAGUGGGGGAUGGGCGUGACGACGACGACGACGGCGGCGAAGAAGAAAGAAUCUGAAGACGCCGCCGCCGCGUCGAAUAAGAAGGGAUGGCGCGGGCGAGGCGAGUGGCGCGAGGAGUGGGGCGAGCAGCUCGUCGGGAAGACGUCCCCGGCGUGCUUCGUCCUCGAGUGCGCCACCGGGGAGGUGACCGAGGUUUCUCGCGUCGGGCUCCCGGAGGGCUCCGUCGCCGCGAGCGGCCCGAUCUGGGCACCCGCGGACGAGGACGACGAAUCGGACGCGCUCGUCUUGCCGACGUGGAGCGGCGACAUCGAGAACUUCAAGAGCACGUCGCGGAGGUUAGGGCUCACGUUUUGUUUCAACCGCCCGUCGGAGAUGUUCUUGAUGGACGUCCCGGCGCCGCGUGUACCGGCGGGGUCGGGCGCGGGCGGCGAGAAGACGCCGACGCCGACGCCGACGCCGACGCCGACGAAAAAAAAAAACCCAGCUCCGCCGACGCGGCUCGCGAAGGGCGACGUCUCCGCGCUCUGGCCGCGGUUCACCCCCGACGGCACCGCGCUCGUGUUCAUAUCCCACGCCGCAGCGGUCGAAUCCGGCGCGCACAACGCGACGUGCGCGCUGCGCAAGAUCGCGUGGACCCCGGGUGUGGGCCCGCAGUCGGAAGCGUCCGACGUCGUCGUGCCCGUCGUCAGAACGCCCCUCACUUCGACCGCGAGCGACGCCGAUGGCGCGAGCGACGCGCUCGACGACGCGUUCCCGGGUCUGUACGUGUCGUCGCCGCCGCCGCGGACGCCGUUCACGGACGACGGCGCGCGGAUGAUCUUACAGAGCACCUGGGGACCCGGGGAGGCGAUCGUGUCGAUCGACAUGCGCCUCGGGAAGGCGCGACGGUUGACCCCGGGCGCGCGAGACGGCGGCGGGAGUUGGACCGUCUGCGACGUCGCGUCCGGCGGCGCGGUCGGCGGGACCCAAGUCGUCGCGGCGGCGCACUCGUCGCCGGGGACGCCGCCGCGCGUGCACCUCGCGUGGGUGACCGACCGCGACGCCGACGCCGACGCGACGACGCCGACGCGCUGGUGUCCGGUGAAGGGCGCACACGGCGCGUCGUCGACGGCGGCGAGCGACGCGUCGCGCGCGUUGGAAACGCUCGAAUACCUCGUCGACGCCGUCGCGAUCGACGACGACGGAAUUGGAAUUUCGCGCGUGGAAUCCAUCACGGUCCGCCCGAAGGCGGCGGCGCCGCGCGCGCUCCCGACGAUCAUACUCCCGCACGGAGGCCCGCACGCGGCGUGCGGCGCGGGGUACGUCGCCACCGUGGCGUACCUGGCGUCGUUGGGAUACGCCGUGGUGUACUGUAACUAUCGCGGGAGCACCGGGUACGGGGAGGAUUUUCUUCAGGCGCGUUCUGCGCUCGUGGGCGGCGGCGCGGGGCGGAUGGACGUGGACGACUGCGUCGCGAUCGCGCGCCGCGCGAUCGACGCGGGCGUCGCGGACGCGAACAAGAUCGUCGUCGUCGGCGGGUCGCACGGCGGGUUCCUCGGCGCGCACCUCGUCGGGCAACGCCCGGAGAUGUUCAAGGCGGCGGUGCUGCGUAACCCGGUCACGGACGUCGCGUCGAUGGUGUCGCUCACUGACAUCCCGGAUUGGUGUUUCGUGGAAACGCUCGGGAAGGAUGCGUUUUCUGACCUCCCCACGGUCGAGCAGCUCGCGGUCAUGCGCGAGAAGUCGCCGGUGAGGUACGUGAAGGACGUCAGAGCGCCGGUGUUGAUGUUGUUGGGCGCCGUGGACCUGAGGCGCGUUCUACCUAUGGUGCCGCCGACGAACGGCUUGCGGUACGCCGCCGCGUUGCGAGAGGCGGGAGGGCGGUGCGACGUUCGCGUGUUCCCGGAGGACUCGCACGGGCUGACGCUGCCGAGGACGGAGUUCGAGUCGUUCGUGACCGUCGCGAAGUUUUUGCGCGAGGCGUUGCGAGAGGGCGCGCUCGAGAGGGAGGACUGAUCGACCGACUACUCGAGGACGAAAUAUUCCAGCCAGCUAUUUUACGUGUUCGAGAUCUUCU